CCUCCAGUCCCGACACAUCUACUCCUCUGUCGAUCGCUGUUGGUCCUCCAUUUUUCCUCUUUACCGUAUCAACCAGCUCUUAAACAGCAACCAUGACGCAGCUAGAGACAGCCAUGGCCAUCCUGAUGAAGACCUUUGAUACCUACGCUGCUGGCGAGGGCAAGAAGGACACCCUAAGCAAAGCUGAGGCGAAGACUUUGCUGGAGAAGGAGUUGCCUGCACUGCUCAAGGGAGCAAAGAACCAAGGCGAGGUGGACAAGCUGCUGAAAGGUCUGGACUUUAACGGAGACUCUGAGGUCGACUUCAGUGAAUUCGUGGUGCUGGUAGCGGCUCUCACCUGCGCUUGUCACAACCGUUGUUCCAAGUGAGCAGGGCGACCGCACCCUCGGGUGGGGCUACAUGCAAUCCCUGUAAUGACUUUAUCCUGUAACAACUGAAUAAAAUGAUUAUUUACCUGUG